AUGCCACCCACCCCGCCCCCACCACCACAACAACAACAACAACCGCUCGCCGACCAGCAACAAGAAGAACAGCUUCUCCACCCCUCGAACGACCCGCUCCCGCGCUUCGUCCUCUACGCGCAGACGCACCACAAGCCGGGUCCGCAGCCGCAAGAACCCGUCUCGCUCCUCCCGCUCAUCACGCACAACACGGGCGUCACGCACGUCAUCGUCGCGGCGAUACACCUGAACGAAGGAGCCGGCAACAUCACGCUGAACGAUGACCCUCCCGACAGCCCCAAGUUCGACACGCUGUGGGCGGAGGUGGGCUGGCUGCAGGGCGCGGGCGUCAAGGUGAUGGGGAUGCUGGGCGGCGCAGCGAAGGGGAGUUAUCAGCGGCUGCAGGGGAGCGCGGCGGAGUUCGAAGCCUACUACACGCCGCUCCGCGACCUGAUCCGGCGACGGCGCCUCGACGGCCUCGACCUCGACGUCGAAGAGGCCAUCGCGCUGCCCACGCUCCUCCGCCUCCUCGCCCGCCUCCGCGCCGACUUCGGCCCCUCCUUCCUCACCACCCUCGCGCCCGUCGCCACCGCCCUCGUCCCGGACAUGCGCCUGCCGCCGACGUCGUACGUCCCCUCGGACCCGGCGACGGGCCUGCCCACGGCGCCGCCCAUGACGCUCCCGCAGAGCCUGCCGCACCUCAGCGGCUUCAACCACUUCGCGCUCGAGGCCGGCCACGGCGCGCUCGUGUCGUGGUACAACGCGCAGUUUUACAACGGCUGGGGCGACGCCCGCGACGCCCGCCUGUGGGAGGCCGUCGUCGCCGCCGGCUGGCCCCCGCAGAAGGUCGUCCUCGGCGUGCUGACGAAUGCCGGCAACGGCGGCUCCGGCUUCGUCGAGUGCCGCGUGCUCGAGGACGUGCUGAGGGUGUGUCGCGCCAAGUUUCCGCAGCAUCAUCGUCUUCCUGGCGGCGCGGGGCCGGACGCCAGGUGUUUUGGCGGCGUCAUGGGCUGGGAGUACUUCAAUGCCGGGUCGAGGGAUGGUGGCGCCGAGGGGGCGUGCGGCCGCGGCGACUACGACGAUGCGCCGCGUGAGAGCAGGCCGUGGGAGUGGGCGAAGCGCGUGGGGAGGGUGGUGAGGCGUGCGUUGCCGCCCGCGGCGGACGUCGACGCCGGCAGGGGUGUUGAGAGGAGCGCGCCGCCGGCGCAUGUGCCGGUGGCCCCGGAGCCGCAGGUCCCGUGGCCGGAGGCGGUUGAGCAGUUGGUGGAGCUGGGGUUCGGUAGGCAGAGGGCGGUGGCGGCAUUGAAUGCGACGGAAGGCAAUGUGGAGAUGGCGGCGGGCUUGUUGUUUGAGCAAUAG